AUGGAUCCUGCCACGCAACUUCUCAACGCAGUCACCGAGCGCGUGAUUAUUCCGGUCAAAGGCGGCGUCGAUGACUGGAAAGAACAACUAAAGGCCAUGCUACAGAUCCUCCAAAAGCAGCCGGGAUGCCUCCGCACUCGAUGGGGUCCAUGGACUGAAGACCCGCAGAAGCUAGAGCUCAUUACCGGCUGGAUCAACGCAGAGGCAAAUGAGACUUGGAAAGCGAGUAAAGAUUGUGCGGAUGCCAUGGCUAAACUUGCGCCUGUGCUGGACGGACAUCCUACGAGCUAUCUCCUACAGUUUAAGCCAUACGCGCCACAAGCCGUCAUCAACUCUCCGAUUGUCGAAACGCUAAGCUUCGAGAACUGUAGCGAGUCCGAAGACAAUAUGCGCGAGAUCGUCGAAAGGGCGAGGGCGAUGCCCGGAUGCAAUGGGGUAGCGAGCGGCUUCACCCUAUGUCGGGGUAGUACUGGGGCUCCCGGCAGCAGCAGCAGCGGUGGCAGGACCUUUGUUGCGGCCAUAGGGUGGUCAGGGAUAGAGGCAAGCCGAGCGGCAAAUACAACGACAUACACGAACGGUAUGAAAACCGAGAGUCACCACGUCAACUUUAAUUUUCCCGUCAAAGGGUUUAGAGGAUUAUAA